CCCGCGAAAAUGCAACGACGAUAAAGUCGCCGCCCAGUUGCAUUUCCCGCCAUUUCCAGUCACACAUCUCCUUCGCCGCCCGCCGUCGAGAAGCCCUUCACUCGCAGAGAUACUUGUUGAUUUGCCAAGUUCUUUAAGAUGGCAACUGAAGAAGUUGGAUGUGAGCAAGAUAAUUCGUUCCCUGAUGGCUUCAACGCCAAUUAUCUCAAAGUUUAUUACGGAAGGCUUUUUCCAUAUGUUGAUAUGUUUAAAUGGCUGUCAUAUGGAAACGACGGAAAGCAUCCUGGUUGUGACCAGUCCUACUUUGGACGUAGGGAAUUUUCAUUCACUUUAGAUAAUAACAUAUAUCUGCGGUUUCAAUCGUUCAACAGUGCUUCUGACUUGGAAAAUGCCAUCAAGGAGAAGUGUCCAUUCAAAAUUGAUAUUGGAGCUGUUUAUAAUGUUGAUCCUGCAAAAAGGCAUGCCUACGCACAAGGUGAUAACAAUUUCACACCAUUGGAGAGAGAGCUAGUGUUUGAUAUAGAUAUAUCAGACUAUGAUGAUGUUAGGUACUGUUGCUCAGGAGCUGAUGUUUGCUCAAACUGCUGGCCACUUAUGACGGUUGCUAUUAAAGUCAUUGAUACUUCCCUGAGAGAGGACUUUGGAUUCAAUCACAUUCUCUGGGUGUACAGUGGCCGGCGUGGUGUCCAUUGUUGGGUUUGUGAUCUAAAAGCUAGAAGGUUGAAUAAUGAACAAAGGGCUGCUGUUGCUGAUUACUUUCGUGUCUACAAGGGCAAUGAGAAUAGCAAUCGAAAAGUUUCUCUCAUGGGUCCUGCACUUCACCCUUUCCUAGUGAGAUCAUACACAGAUGUCUUAAAGGAUUUUUUUGAGAACAAAUUGCUUUUGAGUCAAAAUUUGUUCUCAAGCCAGGAAAGAUGUGAGAAGAUACUGGAAAUGAUUCCUGAUGAGCAUAUUGUAUCUGAGCUCCGGGCAAAGUGGCAGGAAAACAAACGCGUGAAAGAUGAUAUUAAUGUUUUCAGAUGGGAACAACUAAAACAUCUGCUGCAAUCUGGUAAACAAAAGGCCCAGGGGAUUCGUAGAUGUGUCGAAGAGAUUGUGUUUUCUUUUACCUACCCCAGGCUUGAUAUGGAGGUUUCAAGACACUUGAAUCAUCUACUGAAAGCACCAUUCUGUGUGCACCCCCAAACAGGCCGUGUCUGCAUUCCCAUUGACCCUAAGGAAUGUGAGGAAUUUGAUCCUGCUGAUGCGCCAACUCUUUCCCGGCUUCUUGGAGAACUUAACACUGGAGGCUUUAGAGCUGAUAUGGAUAGCGAAUGGGAUGGAACCUGUCUCGGGAAAUCUAUCAGAUAUUUCAGACAAUCGUUCUUGCAACCACUGUUAAAAUCCUGCAAGGACGAUAUAGAAAGUUGUUAUAGUGCCAAAGUUCAGCAGGGAAAGAACUCGCUAAGUUGGUAAUGAUUCCUAUCCUCCAUCUUCUCUGUUAGGAAUUUGCUGUAAUGUUAUAACACACCUGUCAGGCAUCCAUGUGCUCUAAUAUGUAAUGUCAAGUAAGUCUAGAACUCUGUAAUAUGCCCUCAAAUCAUUGAUCAAACACAUGAGUUGUCAAUCUACCUGUUUAACUGUGAGCUUGCUUGCUGCAUUAAUGAACAGGUCAACAUCUUAGAGAAAUGGUUGGUAUCA